GAGGGCGGGGCCGGAGGUUUCGGUUAGUUGUCGCUGCCGCUGGGGAAGGUGAAGCGGCGACGGCGGCUCUGGAGCUCUGGGGUCCCCGGCUGGAGGUGGGGAACUCGGCGCGGGAAUCAUUUAAUACUUCACGUUAGAAAAAAUAUGUGAAGUUCCCGCCAACCUGUGAGAAUUUCUUCUUUUGGACAUUUUUGUUCUAUUUACUACACAACUUUUUCAGAAGUUCUUUUUGGAUGCCAUGUUCUGUGGCUUGCAUCAAAAGAGGAGUUUGUCUUCAUGAAGAUUCCUAACAUUGGUAAUGUGAUGAAUAAAUUUGAGAUCCUUGGGGUUGUAGGUGAAGGAGCCUAUGGAGUUGUACUUAAAUGCAGACACAAGGAAACGCAUGAAAUCGUGGCAAUCAAGAAAUUCAAGGACAGUGAAGAAAAUGAAGAAGUCAAGGAAACGACUUUACGAGAGCUUAAGAUGCUUCGGACUCUCAAACAGGAAAACAUAGUGGAGUUGAAGGAAGCCUUUCGUCGCAGAGGGAAAUUGUACUUGGUGUUUGAAUAUGUUGAAAAAAAUAUGCUAGAAUUGCUGGAAGAAAUGCCAAAUGGAGUUCCACCUGAGAAAGUAAAAAGUUAUAUCUAUCAGCUAAUCAAAGCUAUUCACUGGUGCCAUAAGAAUGAUAUUGUCCAUAGAGAUAUAAAGCCAGAAAAUCUCUUAAUCAGCCACAAUGAUAUUUUGAAACUGUGUGACUUUGGUUUUGCUCGGAAUCUAUCAGAAGGCAAUAAUGCUAAUUAUACAGAAUACGUGGCCACCAGGUGGUAUCGGUCCCCUGAACUCUUACUUGGAGCUCCCUAUGGAAAGUCUGUGGAUAUGUGGUCGGUGGGCUGUAUUCUCGGGGAGCUUAGCGAUGGACAGCCUUUAUUUCCUGGAGAAAGUGAAAUUGAUCAACUGUUUACUAUUCAGAAGGUGCUAGGACCUCUUCCAUCUGAGCAGAUGAAGCUAUUCUACAGUAAUCCUCGAUUCCAUGGACUCCGGUUUCCAGCUGUCAACCAUCCUCAGUCAUUGGAGAGAAGAUACCUUGGCAUUUUAAAUAGCGUUUUACUUGAUCUGAUGAAGAAUUUAUUGAAGUUGGACCCAGCUGACAGAUACUUGACAGAACAAUGUUUGAAUCACCCUACAUUUCAAACCCAGAGACUUUUGGAUCGCUCCCCUUCAAGGUCAGCAAAAAGAAAACCUUAUCACGUGGAAAGCAGCACAUUAUCUAAUAGAAACCAAGCCAGCAAAAGCGCUGCUCUGCAGUCUCACCACAGAUCUAACAGCAAGGACAUCCAGAACCUGAGUGUGGGUCUGCCCCGGGCUGAUGAAGGUCUUCCUGCCAACGAAAGCUUCCUAAAUGGAAAUCUGGCUGGAGCUACUCUUAGUCCCAUGCACAGCAAGUCCUACCAGGCAGGCAGCCAGCCUGGGUCUGCCAGCAAAGAUCUUACCAACAACAACAUACCGCACCUUCUCAGCCCAAAAGAAGCCAAGUCAAAGACAGAGUUCGAUUUUAAUAUUGACCCAAAGCCUUCGGAAGGCCCGGGCACAAAGUACCUCAAGUCAAGCAGCAGAUCUCAGCAGAACCGGCACUCAUUUAUGGAAAGCUCUCAGAGCAAAGCAGGGACGCUGCAGCCCAGUGAAAAGCAGAGUCGGCAUAGCUAUAUCGACACCAUUCCCCAGUCUUCUAGAAGUCCCUCCUACAGGACAAAGGCCAAAAGCCAUGGGGCAUUGAGUGACUCUAAGUCUGUGAGCAACCUUUCCGAAGCCAGGGCCCAAAUCACAGAGUCCAAUACCAGUAGGUACUUCCCGUCCAGCUGCUUGGAUUUGAACUCUCCCACCAGCCCAACCCCUACCAGGCACAGUGACACGAGAACUUUGCUCAGCCCUUCGGGGAGAAAUAACCGAAGCGAGGGCACCCUCGACUCACGCCGAACUGCGACCCGGCAUUCGAAGACGAUGGAGGAGUUGAAGCUGCCCGAGCAUGUGGACAGCAGCCACUCCCACUCGCUGUCGGCGCCUCACGAAUCCUUUUCUUAUGGGUUGGGCUACACCAGCCCCUUCUCCUCCCAGCAGCGCCCACACAGGCAUUCCAUGUACGUGACCCGGGACAAAGUGAGAGCCAAAGGCUUGGAUGGAAGCUUGAGCGUAGGGCAAGGGAUGGCGGCCAGAGCCAACAGCCUGCAGCUCCUGUCACCGCAGCCUGGAGAACAGCUCCCGCCAGAGAUGACUGUGGCCCGAUCUUCCGUUAAAGAAUCCUCCAGAGAAAGCACCUCUUCAUUCCACACACGGCAGAAGUCCGAGGGCGGAGCGUAUCAUGACCCCCACUCGGAUGAUGGCACCGCCCCCAAAGAAAACAGACACCUGUACAAUGAUCCUGUUCCAAGAAGAGUUGGCAGCUUCUAUCGAGUGCCAUCUCCCCGUCCAGACAAUUCUUUCCAUGAAAAUAAUGUGUCAACCAGAGUUUCUUCCCUACCAUCAGAGAGCAGCUCUGGAACUAACCACCCAAAGAGACAAACAGCAUUUGAUCCAUGGAAAAGUCCUGAAAACAUUAGUCAUUCAGAACAACUCAAGGAAAAGGAAAAACAAGGGUUUUUCAGGUCAAUGAAAAAGAAAAAGAAGAAAUCUCAAACAAACUCAACAGAAGGAAACCAGACAGAUUCCACCAACGGGGAGAAUCCAAGCAUCAAGAAAUCCCUCUUUCCUCUUUUUAAUUCAAAGAAUCAUUUAAAGCAUAGUUCUUCUUUGAAAAAGCUUCCUGUAGUCACUCCACCCAUGGUGCCCAAUUCUGAUGGCCCCGAUCUUCUGACAUUACAGAAAGCCAUUCACACUGCUAGCACCCCGAGCAGCAGACCAAAGGAGUGGCGUCCUGAGAAGCUCUCCGAUCUACAGACCCAAAGCCAGCCGUUAAAAUCACUGCGCAAGCUGUUACAUCUCUCUUCAGCCUCAAAUCACCCGACUUCCUCAGAUCCCCGCUUCCAGCCCUUAACAACUCAACAAGCCAAAAAUUCCUUCUCAGAAAUUCGGAUCCAUCCCCUGAGCCAGGCCUCUGGCGGGAGCACCAACCUCCGGCAGGAGCCCACACCAAAGGGCAGGCCAGCCCUCCAACUGCCAGGUCAGAUGGACCCUGGUUGGCACGUGUCCUCUGUGACCCGAAGUGCCACAGAGGGACCUUCCUACACUGAACAGCUGGGUGCCAAGAGUGGGCCAAACGGGCACCCCUACAACAGAACAAAUCGGUCCCGAAUGCCAAAUCUGAACGAUUUAAAAGAAGACCGCUUUGUAAUGUGUGCUGGGGGGGGGUGUUCAGGGAGGGGGGAGGUGAGCCAGCGGGGAGGUGUCAUCGAGGCCAUUGGCCAGCUGGGCCAGCGUGUCUGUAGGCCAUCCUUGACAGAAAUCACCGCAACACCAUCAUCCGCCAAAAAAACUACGUUUCUUCCUCUGGGAAGACUUCUCACUGUGCUGUACGCUUCAGACCUGCGCAGUCACAUCGCUGUGCUCUGGCGCUCGAGGGGCCGAUCCCCAGGUCUCCUCCACGCUGACACUGGGAUCGCAGGUUCGCAGAACAUUUACAUUCGUGAUGGUUCUUCAAAGAAGGGCUAG